AUGAAAUCGAUGUUACAUAUUAUGCAGAAACGAGGUUCAGUUGUAUUGAUGGAACCCAUUAAUGAUGGAAUGGACAAGGUACAAGAUAAACAUCAGGUUGUGCAAACUUAUGUGGAGUAAGUGAAUCCCAAAACUGCAAUUGCAAUUGAAAAAGAGGAAGAAAGAUUAAACUAAAGAUACUUUCAUUUAAUGAAUCAACUGGAGAGAUUAAAGUAUUAAAUACUCAAGUUAGAGGAGAAAAAGAAAUCACAAGAAGAUCUUGAGAAUCAUCCUUCAGUUAAAGAAGUGGUUGGAGAAUUGCAUAAGAUUUCGACGUAUGAAAAGGCUCUGAGUGAGAACCAUAGCAAAAUGGUUGAUGAGAUCAAAUUAAAUAAAAUGACUAUCAACCAAUUGAAAUAGACUGUGUACUAAAAAAGAAUAGAAAUAAGAGAUGUGGUAAGAGACUCAUUCAGAAUCCAAGAGGAUAUGAUUAAAAUAAGACAAGAAAAGAGAACGGUUUCCAUUGACAGAAAUAGUGUUGAUAUGUUCUUAACAAUCCCAGAAACCUCCAUUCCAAAACCAUAAAUCCUACCCUCCCUUCCAUUGAAGCAGAAAUCAAAAAGCACUUUGCUUCAUAUCAUGAAAAAUGUGCAAUCGGAAAAUCAAUAAGAAAAAAUUAAUGAUAUAGUAUACAUUUAUCGUCAAGUGUAAGAAUUAAGGUCUAAAACAUAAUAAUCUACUCGAUUCAUUUAGAAAAUGACGAAUAGAUAUUGUUAGAUCAGAGGUUUAUUAUCUGAAUGUGCUAGCAUAUCUAUUUAAAGUUUUAAAAACAAGCAAAAGAUCACUAAUAAAAAUGGUUAUGCCAAUUCUAUUUAUUUUGAUGUGAGUACUCUCAAUAACAGUAAAAAUGAGAGCAGCAUCAUUAAAGAAAGGAAGAUACAAAACAUUUUGUAUGAUACUUUAUAACAAAUAAUGAUUGAUUUGAUAGAUUCAUAAUAGAAGACUGAUUUGAAUGGGUCAUCUAUUGCAGAUUCGAUAAUUCGUAAUUCAGUAAGUUAGGAGUAGUUCAUGCAAUUCACAUCAGUUCAAAUUCUAGGAUUGAUGGCCUUACAACCUAGAUUAAUAACAGAACUGUUAGGGAUAUUUGAAUUAAAGCAAAAGCAAGUUGGACUCUUAUGCAAUAAAACCAGAUAAUUGUCGAAAUAAUUAGAAGUUGUAUGA